UACAGUUUUACAUCGAAUCUCGUCAUAAAGUAAAUCGGCCAAUUCGGAAUGUUGUAUUUUUAACAUACGCACAAACGUUCAUACUUCUUCUUUUAAUUAAUCCCUUCGCACGUAAUAUCGUACGAGACCUGUGAUAGGUCGAACGGGCCAAACAUGAGAAUCACGGGUGCGAGCCGUGGUACGUCGAUUGGGACACAGAUGAGAAUCACGGGUGAGUGCCGUGUCACGUCGAUCGGGCCAAACAUACGUAUCACGAAUCAGGCUCGUGGAUAAUUGUUGCCGUCUUUUAGUCUCACAGUGUUAUUCUUGGCCGUAUUCGCGCAUUGAAAUAUAUUUUCUUAAACAUAUUAGAAAGAUACUGCUAAUAAUGUCCUUAGAAAGGAAAUUUAGCGACGAUGAUGACAGUGAGAGUAGUUCUAGCAUUGCACAGAGUGAUUUCAUAGAUAUUUUUGAUAGUGACAGUGAAAGUAGUGAUAUUUUGUCACCUGUACGAAAACGUUGCAAACAACUGGUUAUCGAAGAUGAUAUCGACGAUGAUGUCUACAUCGAUGAUCAACAAUCAGAGCAUUGGAUUUGGAAAGAAGAAAGUAAUAAACCAAAAGUCUGGAAUUAUACGGAGACUCCUGGUAUAAAAGUGGCAAUAUUAAAUAAGUUAGGUGCAAACGAGAAAGAAUUGGACAUUUUUGAUAUAAUAUUUGAUAAUACGUUUUGGGAAAAUAUCGUAACGGAGACGAAUCGAUACGCGGAACAAAUAAUAAACAAUAAAAAUAGGAGACGAAAAAUAGACGAAACUUGGUUUCCCGUUGAUUCUGGCGAAAUAAAAAUAUAUUUCGCAUUAUGUAUAAUAAUGGCUCAAGUUAAGAAAGCAACAAUUCAAAUGAAUUGGUCGAAGAGGGCCGUUAUCGAAACGCCGAUAUUCAGAAAAACGAUGCCACUGAAAAGAUUUCUGCAAAUAACCAGAUGUUUGCAUUUUGCAAAUAACAACGCAAUCGACAAUACAGAUAAAUUACGUAAAAUAAAACCGGUGACGAAUUUUUUUAAUCAAAGAUUUAAGGAAGCAUAUACAAUGCAAGAAGACAUUACUAUCGAUGCAUCGCUAAUAAAAUAUAAAGGGCGCUUACCUCAUAAGCCAUAUCAUCCAUCGAAACGGGCGAGAUUCGGUAUUAAAUUUUAUAAAUUAUGCGAGUCAGCAUCUGGUUAUUGCUAUGACUUCAAAAUAUAUAUAGGCACUGAUAAAAGAAAUUCUAAUGAGAGUGCAUCUGAGAACGUUGUGAAAGAGCUGUUACAGUCAGUGUUACAUAAAGGACAUACUUUAUACUUGAACGAUUGGUAUUCUUCGCCAAAACUGUUUAUGACUUUGCUUAACAGUAAAACUAAUGCCGUUGGAACGGUACGUUCGAAUAGAGAGAAUAUGCCAAAAGAUUUUAUUAAAGGAAAAUUACAAAGGGGAGAAUGUAAAAUGAGGAGUUGCAAUAAAAUACUGGCAUUAAAAUGGUGCGAUAAACGAAACGUUUAUAUUAUUUCCACGAAACACGAAACAGCAGAAAUGACUGAAGAAGGCAAAAAUCAAUUCGAUCCUAUUUUGAAACCAAAAUCUGUCAUCGAGUAUAACAAAGGAAUGAUUGGCAUCGAUCGGCAAGACCAAAUGCUAGCGUGCUUCCCUGUUAUGAGGAAAUGUACGAAAGGAUACCGAAAAGUUUUUUUUUACGUGUUUGAUAUUGCACUGUUUAACUGCUAUAUUUUGUUCAACAAGUUAAAUACUGGAAAACAACAGAGUUACGCCGAAUAUAGAAUCGAAAAAGCCGAAUCGUUACUGAAAAAUAUCCCGUUACCGGAAUAUAAACGACGAGGACAAUUAUUGACCGAAGAUUUACCGCAGAGACUGCACGCGCAACACUGGGGUCAUUUUCCCAUGCAUAUAGGCCCAACACCAUCGAAAUCAAAUCCAUCGAGAGUCUGUAAAGUGUGUUCCAGACAUAAAAAGCGUAGCGAAACAACGUGGGAGUGCAAAAGAUGUAAAGUUGCGUUACAUGUACCGGUAUGCUUCGAAAGAUACCAUACGGUCGAAGAUUAUUAA